GGAAAAACAAGAACCAUGCUUUCGAAAUAAGAUGAUAGAUUCAAAACAAGUAAAAAAAAAUGAAAAUAACCACAUAACAAUGCAUGUGCCGGAGAUCUUUCUAUCAUCUGAUCUGACUCCUGAAUUCAAUGAGAUUGUAUUCGAAGUGAACAUUUCAUUGGACAAUGAGACCCGGAAUGCCACUGAUGUUCACGGGGAUGUCGGUGUUAACAACUGGUGGGCGCUUGUGGCUUCAAUGCUGGUUAUUGCAACGGCCACAGGGAACGUCUUAGUCUGCCUCGCCAUUUACUUGGAGAGGAGGUUACAAAACGUGACGAAUUAUUUUCUGAUGUCGCUCGCUAUAACAGAUUUACUUGUCGCCAUUUUGGUCAUGCCGCUCGGGAUUCUAACUUUAGUUCGAGGUCACUUUCCCUUGGCCGCCCCGUACUGCCUCACCUGGAUCUGUCUGGACGUCCUUCUAUGUACAGCGUCUAUCAUGCACCUUUGUACUAUCAGCGUUGAUCGAUACCUUUCGUUGCGUUAUCCGAUGAGGUUCGGGAGAAACAAGACUAGAAAGAGAGUCACAGUCAAGAUCGCCUUCGUUUGGAUUUUGUCCACGGCCAUGAGUCUUCCACUGAGUCUUAAGUAUUCCAAGAAUGCGCAAUCAGUCCUCAUCGGUGGCUCCUGUCAGGUCCCGGAUCCGCUUUACAAGGCCAUUGGUUCGAUAAUAUCCUUCUACAUACCUCUUGGAGUGAUGUUGCUGACAUAUGCACUGACAGUUCAGCUACUGGCCAGACAGAGGAAGGGAUUGGGUGCAGGAUGGGCUCCAGGCUGGCUGGGUGCGCCUACUAUGGGUCGCCGAUGCACGUGGCGAAGGAUCCUUGGUCCCAGGAGUGGUACACCUCAGCAUUCGGCGGCCUCCACUGAAACCGAACUGCCACCGAUCGACACCAGAGAUCUAUGGCUUCAGGAUUCGAGCGAGCCUGCCCCCUCAGCAAUGUCAGCACUCCAUCAGUUCGGGGCAGAAAUGUUGCGUCUCUCUCGAGGCUUGGAAGCUUCCGCGGCGGCUAAACCGCAGUUUCGAGGGACAAACAUCUCCGAAAGGGGCGGAAUGCUGACGCCUGGUUCAUUAAGUGUUUCUUCGAGUUCUCCAUCUUCGAUGCUGCAAGAUCGACGAAGACCAUCAUCUUCGGGUGACCCGACACCCGUUCAUCGACCUAGAAGUGCCUCGGACGACGAGAGCAACGACGGUCUAUUAGCACCAUCCAAUCUUACUGCUAAAUCCAGAAGUUCCGAAGAUGGUCUUCUUUUACCACCUCCCUGCACCUGUCCCUAUUUUGGCUCAGAUUCAACACCUCCUCGACGUACCACUGAAGUAAUAAUCGUUCCUGGCGGCGAUAUAAACGGUUGCAAUGGAUUCCCAAAAAACGGUAAUAUGAGAGAUGAACCAUCCACCCCAAUAUUCCGACGGUCAAGUAGAGGCGCGUCAUCAAUGGUAACUUGGGAUGAAGCGAGAAGAUUUCGAAGGGGCUCUAGCUUUGGUGGCGCAAGAACAACUUUGUCCACUCCGGUGCGCAGUAUUCGAACUCAGAGAUCCAUGCGAUCUCAGCCUAACACGACUCAUCAGCGGCAAACACCACGAACGCAUCAUUCUAGAAAUUCCAGUGUAAUCUCUAGAAAUUCUUCUCGUCACGGGAGAAUAUUGCGUUUAGAACAAAAAGCCACAAAAGUAUUAGGCGUUGUUUUUUUUACGUUCGUCGUUCUCUGGGCUCCGUUUUUCAUCCUUAACAUGGUACCGGCUGUAUGUCCCGACUGCGAAGGGAAAAUCGCUCAUUGGGUAUUCGAUUUUGCACUAUGGCUAGGCUAUGCGAGCUCAAUGGUGAAUCCAAUAUUUUAUACGAUCUUCAAUAAAGUGUUCAGGCAGGCCUUCAAAAAGGUAUUAAGGUGUCAAUAUUGUAAAUACAGGAGAUAG